UAACAUAGAAAGAAGAGAGCCAAUAAAGGCUCUUCUUCUUCUUCUUCGUCAUCUCCUUCAUAAUGGCCGGAUCAGCUCUGCCACUUCCACCGCCACCGCCACUGUCGUUCCAAUCUCCGCCGCAAAAUCAAACCCGACAUUCUUCUUCCUUCUCACCGCCAAACCUCACUCCCCAAACGCCUUCCAUUCGUUCCCGCCUCAGCAGAAUCUGCCAAGAUGGUAACCCACAACUCGCACGCCAACUAUUCGACGCAAUUCCCAAACCAACCACUGUUCUAUGGAACACCAUCAUCAUCGGCUUUAUCUGCAACAAUCUGCCUCACGAGGCUCUCCUUUUCUACUCCCGGAUGAAAAAGACGGCACCUUUCACCAAAUGUGAUCCUUACACUUACUCUUCUACACUCAAGGCGUGUGCUGAGACCAGAAACUUGAAAGCUGGUAAGGCCGUGCAUUGCCAUUUGAUUCGUUGUUUACAGAACUCAAGCAGGGUUGUGCAUAAUUCUCUGAUGAAUAUGUACGUUUCGUGCUUGAACGCUCCUGUGAGUGAAUUGGAUUCUUCUGAUUACGAUGUGGUGCGUAAAGUUUUCGAUAAUAUGCGUAGGAAGAACGUUGUGGCGUGGAAUACGCUGAUUUCUUGGUAUGUGAAAACAGAGAGAAACGCAGAAGCGUGUAGGCAGUUCGCGAUUAUGAUGAGAAUGGAGAUUAAACCGAGCCCGGUUAGCUUUGUCAAUGUUUUCCCCGCGGUGUCGACUUCGAGAAGCAUUAAGAAAGCUAACGUUUUUUAUGGUUUGAUGCUUAAACUGGGUGAUGAGUAUGUGAAGGACUUGUUUGUGGUGAGUUCGGCUAUUUCUAUGUAUGCCGAGCUUGGCGAUCUUGAAUCAUCACGGAGAGUUUUUGAAUCUUGCGUUGAGAGAAACAUCGAGGUGUGGAAUACAAUGAUUGGGGUCUGUGUUCAGAACGAUUACCUUGUUGAAAGUAUCGAUCUUUUUCUUGAAGCAGUAGGAUCAAAAGAGAUUGUGUCUGACGAAGUAACGUUCCUCUUGGCAGCAAGUGCUGUUUCAGCUCUGCAGCAAGUGGAAUUAGGCAGGCAGUUUCAUGGUUUCGUCAGCAAGAAAUUUCAAGAGCUACCGAUUGUGAUAUUUAACUCGUUGAUGGUGAUGUACUCGAGGUGUGGCUCUGUGCACGAGUCAUUUGGAGUCUUCGAUUCAAUGCGAGAGAGAGAUGUUGUAUCGUGGAAUACUAUGAUCUCUGCAUUUGUCCAAAAUGGCUUAGAUGAUGAAGGAUUGAUGUUGGUGUACGAGAUGCAAAGGCAAGGGUUUAAGCUUGAUUCCAUAACUGUGACUGCUUUGCUUUCGGCUGCGUCAAAUCUUAGAAACCAAGAGAUUGGGAAGCAGACUCAUGGUUUCCUUCUCAGGCACGGGAUUCAGUUUGAAGGAAUGAACAGUUACCUUAUCGACAUGUAUGCUAAGUCAGGUCUAAUUAGGAUCUCACAGAAGCUUUUUGAGAGAAGUGGUUAUGCUGAAAGAGAUCAAGCUACUUGGAAUUCUAUGAUUUCCGGGUAUGCUCAGAAUGGACACACAGAGGAAACGUUUGUUGUGUUCAGGAAGAUGUUAGAACAGAACAUCCGACCCAAUGCUGUUACUCUGGCAUCGAUUCUCCCUGUGUGUAGCCAAAUAGGUAGUAUCGACUUAGGUAAACAGCUCCAUGGUUUCUCUAUCAGGCAAUACUUGGAUCAGAACGUAUUUGUCGCUUCUGCCUUAGUUGAUAUGUAUUCAAAGUCAGGAGUGAUAACGUAUGCAGAAAACAUGUUUUCUCAGACGAAAGAGAGAAAUUCUGUGACAUACACCACGAUGAUAUUGGGGUAUGGUCAACAUGGAAUGGGUGAGAGAGCAAUCUCGCUUUUCCGUUCAAUGGAAGAGUCGAGAAUCAAACCCGAUGCGAUCACCUUUGUUGCAGUGUUAUCAGCUUGCAGCUAUUCCGGUCUAGUGGAUGAAGGUCUCAAGAUAUUCGAGGAAAUGAGAGAAGUUUAUAACAUUCAGCCUUCGAAUGAGCAUUAUUGCUGCAUUACAGACAUGUUAGGGAGAGUAGGCCGGGUUAAUGAAGCCUAUGAGUUUGUUAAAGGACUUGGUGAAGAAGGAAAUGUAGCUGAGCUAUGGGGUUCAAUUCUUGGGUCGUGUAGACUACACAAUGAGCUUGAUCUCGCUGAAACUGUUUCAGAGAAGUUAGCUAAAGUAGAUAAAGGAAAGAACUUUUCAGGGUAUCAGGUUUUGCUAUCGAAUAUGUAUGCUGAGGAGAAAAAUUGGACGGGCGUUGAUAGGUUGAGGAGAGGAAUGAGAGAAAAGGGUUUGAGGAAAGAAGUUGGUCGUAGUGGGAUUGAGGUUGCAGGUUAUGUAAACUGUUUUGUGUCUAAAGAUCAGGAGCAUCCUCAGUCUGAUGAGAUAUACGAUGUAAUCGACGGUUUAGCUAAAGAUAUGAGAGACGGCGAUUCGUAUCUGACGUCAUUCCCAACUGUUACUCCAAGUUUUGAAUUGGAUGAGUGAAGGAGAAUACCAGUAACUCUUUAGCUCUCACAGAGUAUGGAUAUAAGAUGCGAGGAAAAGUGAGAUGUUUCAAGGCCUUAAAAGUGGCAAUUCUUCUACCUAAUUAGCCAUCUCUGGAUCUGAUCCCUGAGAGAACUUUACCAGACAUAAAACAGCAGAUGGAGGUUUUAGACCAUUCUUUGCCACACAUUGUACAGUUUGGUCGUUGUAUCCAAUAUUACAAGCCGAUCAUGAAGAAGGCAGAGUAGAAACUGGGACAAAAAGAGUUGUAAACACCAUUGUAGUUUCCUUUCUCUCAUCUUCACUCUAGGCCAAUUCUUUUGUAAACGGAAAUAUUAUAAUUAUUAAAUUUUCAUAAUUUAGAAUAAA